UGAAGACGUCAAUUCGCAUUCAGACGACAAAAAGUUGUGGUACUGGUUGUGAGUGUGACAAAUUUGUUUUGUGAUUGUGAGCUCGGGAUGUUUCUUUUCUUUGUAAAAUAUUAUUCAAUCGGUCUUAAGUUCUUCCCAUAGCAUAAGUCGAAUAUUUUUUAUUUACAUUUUUGUCGGUUGAAUAAAUAAAAAUGAUUCAGGGCUACAGUCCCAUAGUUCAAACCUUGUUAGGAACGUUAUUUACAUGGGGUCUUACUGCGGCCGGUGCUGCAUUAGUUAUUGUAAUUAGAGGAAAACAACGCAAACUGCUGGACACAAGUUUAGGAUUUGCCGGAGGAGUGAUGAUAGCAGCAUCGUAUUGGUCGCUGCUGGCACCAGCCAUCGAAAUGGCCGAAGAGUCCAACAACUAUGGACCAGAAGGCGAAUACGCAGUUGUUCCGAUCGCCAUAGGAUUCGUUCUGGGCUGUCUUUUUGUCUUCAUCGCCGAUCUGGUCAUUUCACAGUAUGGACUGCACUCGCCCAGCUUCAUGCUAGCAGACAUGUGCGGCGACAGUGUCGCAUUUGGGGUGACUAAGCGUCGCAAGUUGGCUGGGGGUGCAGGCGAGUGUGCGUUGGAGGGCGCGUGUGGGGCGGUGGCGGGUGCCGGUGUGGGUGGUGCUGGUGCUGGUGCUGGGGAGGGGGGUGUGGACACACGGUGGAAGCGGGUGUUGCUGCUGCUGAUUGCCAUAACCGUCCACAACAUCCCCGAGGGCAUGGUGGUUGGCGUGGGCUUUGCCGCCAUUGGCUCUUCGCCGUCGGCCACCUUCCAGAAUGCAAGGAAUCUUGCGAUUGGAAUAGGCAUUCAAAAUUUCCCUGAGGGACUAGCUGUCAGUUUACCUCUGCAAGCAGCUGGAUAUUCAACUUUAACCAGUUUCUGGUUCGGCCAGCUGAGUGGUAUGGUGGAGCCAGUGUUUGGCAUUCUGGGUGCCCUAGCAGUAACCAUGGCCAAACCUCUGCUGCCUUACGCACUGUCGUUCGCCGCUGGAGCCAUGGUCUACGUUGUUUUCGACGACAUUGUACCCGAAGCACACGCAAGUGGGAACGGUCGCCUAGCAACGUGGGGCGCCAUUGUCGGCUUCAUUACAAUGAUGAGUCUGGACGUGGGACUUGGCUAACGAAAGUUCACCUACUUACUCAGGCCUGGCCUUCACUUGCAGUUUAUAGUCACACGAGUUUUCAGUCGCAAAAGCAAAUCAAAUUUUAUCGGAGCUACGAGAGACACAUGCUUCAGAAAAACACUAAACAUCAUGUUUCAUGACUAGAAAUCAUUAGUGUGGUCCGUGCCUUAUUUAGGUAAAAACAUUCAAAACUCCCGCACACGAUUUUGCUGAAAGUUCUUAUUGAAGAGACUUUGUCACUGGAAUCAUAAUUUUGGGAAAAUCAUCUUUGACAUUGUCGCUAGUUGGCUAGUUGACUUAUUAUCAUCAACGUUAACUGCUGGCGACGCUAUUGAUGUGCAGGUGAACUGUUCCCAACCAAAGACUGAGUUGUAGGUGACUGGUACAAAUAAGUGGCUUAAAUGUGUGUGUAUUGAAGUGUAGUACGUUAAGUUAGGCUAAGGUUGGGCUCUUCAAAUGUCAUAUUCUGUCUAAAUAACUCCUGAAUUUUGUUAUAUUUUAAUAAUAUUAACAUUUACCUGAUUGUCGUGAUUUGAUAAUUCAGAAUAGGACGGAGUACAAGGAAUUCGUUACUUGCACAAUAAUUUCUUACACACGAUACGAACAAAUUCAAACACAAUAACAAUAAUUUUAACUUUUUCAUCCUUUUCAAUUCCCAGAGUUAAUUUUGACAUUUGUUGGGAGUUUUUUAUAAAGUUAGGCUGUGUUCAAUUACUUACUUCAAUUCUCUUCCAAAAAGAGUUUUUUUUCGUUGUGAUUACUGUGUAUGGCUUGGUUUAACGAACAUGUAUAGAUAUGCUCUAGAAAGUAUCAUAUUUUAGAAAAAAUGAAAGCUUUUUUCAGGCAAUGAUGGAUCCCAGAGAUAUUUUAGAGCUUUGACUCAUAAGGACUUUCUUCUGCUCAAAAAUAUAUCUCCUAUCUCCUUCAUUUUGUCUAGUAUUGGAAAUAUCUUUUCAAUGUCCAAAUUUAAAAAAAAUAAUGAAUGUUAUUUAAAUUUGAUUCACUGAUUAUAUAUACUGUAUAUAAUUUUCUGCACUUCCUUUAGUCGCUGCAUCAGUGUUGUAAUAAGAGUGUGCAAAUAAUGUUGUACUUAAAACUCUCUUCCAUCUUGGCUCAAAGCCACCAGCUAUUUGCAAAUAAAUGUGAAAUCACAGCUGAUAAACAUUGCACGUCUUAUAACAAAUAGUCUAUAUUAUUUAUCCAAAUGAGUUAAAAGUGAUGAAUAUCAGGGGUGGCUGCACAUGCCAUGAUAAAUCCGAAGGCCUGCCUUAAAAGGCAUCCGGCCUCAAGGAAAGUUGUGAAACUUGUGGAGGUAGUAUGCCUGCGACUGCAAUUCCAAUGAUAAACAUUUAGUUGGGUUUGUGAUUUUUACCUGAGGGCCAAUCUCAACUUGUGGAAGGAAGUCUCGAGCUAAGUCAGUAAUCCAUGUUGUUCUUCAGUGACUCUCAUAGCACUUUGUUGGAUGUGUGUUUGCUUGAAUUUUAUUGGGAAUAAUGAGUGGGAAGUCUAUUCAGAGUGACAAAGUCACAGGGUUAUCACAACCGGGGAAAAGAUGCAGCUAACCUAAGAUUAUUGGGAUAAGAAGAUCUUAAAGCAACCAAGACAAUGUAAUAAAGAAAAUCAAUAAUGAAUCCUUGCUGCUUUCUUUUUGCUGAUGACCUGAUAAUUAUACGAAACAGUGAGCAUGACCUGUUGGAGAGCUAUUUAUUUAUAAGCUGUCCAGCCUCUGUCAAGAAUAUGAUCUAACAAUAUAUCAACAAAAAUACAAAACAUAUGUGGUACCAUUCAUAGGAAUCUAAAGAAUAAUUCCAGCAGAUCAUCAGGCUAAAAAGGUACAAAACCAUAGUCGCACCAACAUUACUACAUGGAUUUGAAACUUGGGUGUGUCAAGGCCUGAUGAGAGCUAGCAGGCUGCAGGCAUCAGAAAUGAGAUUUCUUCAUAGAACCUUCGGUUGCAGUAGAGAUGAUCGUUUGAGAAGUACUGAGAUAAGGAAACAGCUUAACGUCUUCUCUAUAAACGAUUAGAUAUCUCAUAGUUGAUUGAAAUGGUACCAGCAUCUGAAUAGAAUUAAUGAAGAAAGGUUACCAAGAUUGGAGCUCAAUUACAACCCAGAAGGCUAGAGAGACCAAGGAUGUCCAAGAAAAAAAUGGAUGGAUAAUAUAAGGUUCCAAACAGGCAAAGAUACCUAAUCGAAAGA